AUGCUGAUCUGCAGGCAAUACAUCACUGAUUUGCAGCCACAGCAGCUCUUGUGGGCAAAAAGUGCUGUAAAGCAACUCUAUGGACCACCAGCUUCAGAAUGGAAAUGUGAUGGAGAGGAAGACUGUAGUGAUGGAAGUGAUGAACAUUUCUUUGCCCAGUCCACUUGCAGUUCUCUAGAACUCACAUGCUCCAGUGGCCGAUGUGUUUCUCAGACUUUUGUGUGCAAUGGGGAAGAUGACUGUGGUGAUGGAAGUGAUGAACAAGGGUGUCGUACAUCUAUCUGGAGUCCUUGCAAGAACUCUGAGUGUAUCCCACUGACCUGGGUGUGUGACAACAAUGCUGACUGCACUGAUCGAUCUGAUGAAUCUCGAGACAGCUGUGGCCAUACCCUUCCUCCUCCUGUGACCUGUUCUCUGAGUGAAAUGCCAUGUGAUUCAGGAGAAUGUAUCCACCACCUAUGGUACUGCGAUGGUGGGAUUGACUGCAAAGAUGGAAGUGAUGAAGCUAAUUGUUGUUUACAAAUUACGUGUGAGGAAUAUCAGUUUCAGUGCAAAAACAGACUCUGCAUCCCUUCAGAGUGGAAAUGUGAUGGAGAAGAAGACUGUACUGAUGGAAGUGAUGAACAUUUCUGUGCCCAGUCCACUUGCAGUUCUCUAGAAUUCACAUGCUCCAGUGGCCGAUGUGUUUCUCAGACUUUUGUGUGCAAUGGGGAAGAUGACUGUGGUGAUGGAAGUGAUGAACAAGGGUGUCGUACACCUAUCUGUGGGCCACAUGAGUUUCAGUGCAAGAACUCUGAGUGUAUCCCACUGACCUGGGUGUGUGACAACAAUGCUGACUGCACUGAUCGAUCUGAUGAAUCUCGAGACAGCUGUGGCCAUACCCUUCCUCCUCCUGUGACCUGUUCUCCGAGUGAAAUGCCAUGUGAUUCAGGAGAAUGUAUCCACCGCCUAUGGUACUGCGAUGGUGGGAUUGACUGCAAAGAUGGAAGUGAUGAAGCUAAUUGUUCUGCUCAAACGUGUAGACCAGAUCAGUUCAGAUGUGGUGAUGGCAGCUGCAUCCCUGAAAGCUGGGAAUGUAACAAAAUGAUGAACUGCAUUGAUGGCAGCGAUGAGGUCAACUGCACAAAAGUUCCAACAUGCACAGGGCCUACUGAUUUCAAGUGCCAAAGCGGAGAAUGCAUACAAAUACACCAAGUGUGUAACCGCUAUCUGGACUGCAAGGACUGGAGUGAUGAACCCUUCAAAAGUUGCCAUGUGAACGAAUGCUUGGACAACAAUGGUGGCUGCUCUCACCUGUGCAAGGAUCUUCCCAUUGGGUAUGAAUGUCAUUGUCCUGAUGGCUUUGAGUUGAUUGACCAGAAAACAUGUGGAGAUGUCGAUGAGUGUCAGAAGCCUGGAACUUGCGGUCAAAUUUGCAUCAAUCUGAAAGGAAGCUAUAAAUGUGAAUGUCAUACAGGCUAUCACAUUGAUCCAACCACUGGAGUUUGCAAGGGAAUAGGAACAGAGCCUUAUCUAUUCUUUACUGAUCACCACGAUAUCAGGAAACUAGGACUUCACAGCAAGGAGUACACAAAGGUAGCUCUGGAACUGAGAAAUGUGAUAUCGCUAGACACUGAUAUUGCUGCACAAAGAAUCUUCUGGGGUGAUUUGGGACAGAAGACAAUUUUCAGUAUGUCCAUAGAUAAACAAGAAGACAAUCCCAGUGUAUUCCAAGUUCUUAAGGGUUCCCAUAUUCCUGUGGGCAUUGCUGUGGAUUGGAUCUACAAGCACAUCUACUGGACUGAUGCCAGCAAUAAAACCAUAUCCGUGGCUACCUUUGAUGGAAUCAAAAUGAAGAUUCUCUUUGACACUGACCUCAGGGAGCCAUCUUCUGUGGCAGUUGAUCCACUAUCCGGGUUCAUUUACUGGUCAGACUGGGGUGAACCAGCAGUAAUAGAAAAAGCAGGGAUGAACGGUGUUGAUCGUCAGCUCCUGGUUACCCAAGAUAUUCAGUGGCCAAAUGGCAUUGCACUAGACCUUGUGAAUAGCCACCUUUAUUGGGUUGAUUCAAAGGUACACAGCCUGUCAUGUGUAAGCUUAAAUGGCCAGGAUAGAAGAACCGUGCUACAGUCUCAGGAAUUCCUUGCUCAUCCUUUCAAUCUCGCAAUAUUUGAGGAUCAUGUCUUUUGGAUUGAUGGAGGGAAUGAAGCUCUCUUUCGAGCCAGUAAACUAACAGGAGAGAAUGUGGUGACUUUAGCUUCCAACCUGAAAGAACCUCGAGACAUCAUUGUGUACCAUGAACUAAUUCAGCCACCUGGCAUAAAUUGGUGCAAUGACGGUGUUACGAAUGGAGGCUGUGAAUACCUGUGUCUCCCUGCUCCUCAGAUCAACACUCAGUCCCUAAAAUACUCCUGUGUGUGUCCCUCGGGGAUGCAGUUGAAGGCAGGUGGACAAGUGUGUACAAAUGAGUCGUCUAUUGCACUCAUCAAGGUGUAA